AUGACGACUCGUUAUCGCGUUGAAUAUGCUCUUAAGGCAAUCACGAAUACUAAGGGCCUCCUCCUCGACCAGGGCCUAUUGGCAGUCCCCUUUGUACUGCAUUCCCAGCCGACCGUGACAUACCAGGAAAACAGCGAAGGAUUGAAAACAGUCGCGGCCGACACUUAUCAGCGCUACGCAGAGAUUAUGCGAGAUGCAAACAAGAUAUUUGGUGGAAUUGAGGCUGAUUUGAACUUGCUCGCAGUCCAGCAUCACGAACGAAACGCACCAGGCAAGUCCAAACUCAAGCUUCUAGUACCUUCGGUGGGGAACUUCUUUACAAGAUUGGACAUCGAGGAUGCCUUCAAGUAUCAGGAUGAUCAACGAUUCAUCAGCCGGCGGAGAUUCGUAGCUCCAUCCUUCAACGACAUCCGACUCAUAUUGAACUCCGCCCAACUGUUAGGCUUAGCUCGCUCCAGUGACGUUGAGCUAGUCACAUUCGACGGUGAUGUGACUCUAUAUGACGAUGGGGCAUGUUUAAUGCCAGAUAACCCAGUGAUUCCACGGAUUCUGCGACUCCUGGAACAAGGCCGCAAAGUAGGCAUCGUGACAGCUGCAGGAUACGAGGAAGCACCGAAAUAUUACGAUCGGCUCCAAGGUCUUUUGGAUGCUGUGCACGACUCGAGCACCCUUACUGCCGCUCAGAAACAAGGGAUCAUUGUCAUGGGUGGCGAGAGUAAUUUCCUGUUCCGGUUCGACCAGGAUUCUGAUGUCCGCUUAACCUAUGUUCCUCGAGAUGAAUGGCUGCUCGAUGACAUGACGGCUUGGGCUGAGGAUGACAUUAAGGAGCUUCUAGAUCUCGCCGAGUCUGCUCUGAGAGCAUGCGCUGCGAAUCUCAAGCUCCCAGCGGGCGUGCUGCGCAAGGAUCGAGCAGUCGGCGUCUAUCCCGUGAAUGGGGUUCGAAUCAAUCGUGAACAGUUAGAAGAGACUGUCCUUGUGGUUCAGAACACUGUCGAACGAUCCACCGUCGGUUCUCGCCUGCCAUUCUGUGCUUUCAAUGGUGGCAACGAUGUGUUCGUGGACAUCGGCGAUAAAUCAUGGGGUGUUCGCGUCUGUCAACAAUAUUUUGGUGGAAUUGAUCCUUCAAGGACUUUGCAUAUUGGUGACCAGUUCCUAUCUGCCGGAGCGAACGACUUCAAGGCUCGCCUGGCAUCAACUACAGCUUGGAUUGCAAGCCCCGCUGAGACUGUAGAUCUUUUGGACGAGCUGGAGACUGCAGUUGGUUCAUCCUAG